AUGGGUCAGCCAUCCCGUAUACCCUUCACCCUAGGGGUGGAAAGCGCUUCUCCCUUCCUUCCCAAUUUCUAUUUUCUUUACGCUCCCCCCAUCUUCCUUCUCUUCUUUCACAUCCACCUACUCCAAAUCCCAAAUAUAAUAGGCAAGAAGAUAGACCCUGAAGAGAGGGCCCGAAGGCUUCAAAAAAAGGGGUUUAACCCUCAUAAGGGCUCUCUCAGUCGAGAGAGGGUGUGGAGUGAAAUACAGCCUGGUACAGCAUAUAACUAUGCUAGUGCUAGAGAUCUAUGGCUAGAAUACUGCCAGGGUAACGGCGCCAAAGAUAGUGAUAUCUUUAAUCAGGAAACAAUCAAACAUUUUAUUAUAUAUAUAGCGGCAGGUGCCAAUGGACAAAAGGAUGGUAAACCUAUGGAUUCAUAUAUUCAUAAGAUAUGGAAGGCAUUUACAGCAGAGUGGGCACGGAGAACAGAUAUUGAGCUCCCAGCACAUGUGAUAAACUCUGGUGCGAAUCAGUGGAUCAAAAAUAAAGGAGAGCUUGAUGCACAUAUACCUAUCAGCCGGGAGCGUGAUGAGAAGGAUUUCGUCACUCUUAUUCAUUUCCAGAACCUACUAACCUAG